AUGGCUGCCAUCUUCGAGGGCCAGGGUCCCUUGUUUCAGCAGUGCCGCACGCCGUUGACGCGGAUCGUCGCCGGUGACCAGGAGCUCUGCGAUCUUCUUCUCGAUCAGUUCACGUACUUCCUCGCGAUGCGCAUAGAAGACGCGAGCAUCCUGGAGUCGCGCAAGCUGAAGCCCGCCUUGGUUUGGUCGUAA